AUGCCCGAAAUCGCUAAUCUCUUAUCCUUAAUGUCUUCCGAUAGAGAGCUUUUAUUUAACGAAGUACUUGCUUUUAUAGACGAUCUUAAAACCCUCUGUAAUACAAAUCUAAAGCAGUAUAUUAAAGAUAAGUAUAUCUAUACAGACCGGCAGUAUAGCAAUAUUAAGGAGAGGAGCUCGAAGAAAUUUUAUACCUUAACUUUAAGUAACUUUAAGAAGCAAUCUUCUACCGACAGUAAUUCAACAAAAGAUAAUAUAAGCGGCUUAUCCGUAUCUUGCUUUUCUGAAGAGACUUCUUUGAUCAGCUCAAGGCCAAUGACCCCGGGUAUAGAGGAUUUUAUUAAUCCAAGGAUCCUUAAGCCUCUUACCAUUGAUAAAGAUCAAAUAACCCUAGCUUAG